AUACUUGUGUUUUGACUUCCUCCCUCCCCGUUUUAUCAAGCUUCACAAUAAUAUUUCCUGAUUUACCAUGGAUAUUUUAGAUAGGUGGUUGUAAAUAUUUGUUCUGAUGAAAAGUUUUCGUUCCAGGUUGUCCACGCGGAGUAGAGGUUCCUCUAUACGAGGCGUGGGCGAGGAUGCAGAAAUUUCAUUAAGGGAUAUUUGUGAUACAAGCAUGUCAUCACAAGUAAUUAUCUCCCCUGAGAAGGUAUACUCCACGGGACUACUCGAAGGUAUCCAACGUCUAUGGAGUACUGGAGAUCAUUCAGAUGUCAUAAUUCUCGUGGGAGAGAAGACAUUCAAAUGUCACAAAUUUAUGUUGGCAGCAGUAUCUACAUACUUCGACGCCAUGUUUUCGUCGGGCAUGCGUGAAAGUGUAAGUGGUGAAGUAACUUUUCCGGAAAUGGACCCCGAUCUGUUUGAUUGCGUGAUUAAGUUUGUAUAUAGCGGCGAUAUUGAACUCACGAUAGACAAUGGAGUCGAAAUUCUCAGUAUUGCCUCCGUUCUGCAAAUCAAAAUGCUACAGCAAAUUUGUGAAGAUUUUCUCUAUCCACAUAUAACCUCCGAAAAUUGUUUGAAAAUUUGGAAACUAGCUUCAUUUCAUGAUUGCCACAAUCUUGCUAACCAUGCAAUAAAAAUCGUUGCUGCGAACUACCAAGAAAUUCGUAAAACUAGUGACUUUGUUGAAUUAGAAGGUAAAGAGCUUGCAAGUAUAAUGAAAGAGGACAACCUACAAACCGAAAGCGAGGAUCGUCUCUGUGAUACAGUUUUUCAGUGGCUCGAACACGAUUUAGAAAAACGGAAGAAAUUUUGCGGCAAUCUUUUCGAAAACAUUCGCCUGUCUUUCCUUAAUCCGGAAUAUUUACUAACAAUCGAGGACCGACAUGACUUUCUCAAAGAUGACUUAGAGACAAUGAAAUACAUCAACGAAGCAAAGAAAUACCAUCUUCUACCUGCUAGACAGCAGGACAUUUGCAACAAGCAGACAAGAUAUCGUCUGUCAUCCGGGACAGAAGAAGUGGUGGUCCUCUUGGGAGGAUGCGAAUCAACAACUCCACCAUACAUUAGAAGUCUACAGGUCAUAUGUUACAGUUUCCAAAGUAAAGAAUGGUUCGAGUUAUCUGCCCUUCCUUAUGAUCCUGGUAUAGAGUUUGCGUCGUGCACUUAUAAGAAUGAUAUUUUCGUGUCAGGAGGAGGGUCAAUGCAGAAUUGCCUUCUGAGAUACGACGCAGACAAAAACAAAUGGGUUCAAAUGGCAACAAUGAAAAGCGGAAGGCGCCGACAUUCAGUUGUUGCUGUGACUGGUGGCCUUUAUGCCUUAGGCGGAUAUGACAACAAAUUAGAAGAUGGCUCGCGCAUGCUCUCAAGUAUCGAGUUGUACGAUAUCCGCGAAGACGAAUGGUCAGAAGUAGGUCAACUACCAAUUGCAAUUAGUUCAUUUUCAGCAGCAGUGGUUGGUGAAAGUAUUUAUACCUUUGGAGGUGAAAAGAACGAUCGGAAAGACACCGCUUUCAUUCAGUGCUUUGAUACACGCAUGCGUCAGUCAUGUAAGCUCGAUGCCAAAAUUCCAAUGGCUUGUAAGCUUACACGUUCCGUUACUGUAAACAGCAGAGUGUUCCUCAUCUUCUAUGAUGGCCGUGUAGUUGAGUUUUGCAAGGACACAAAAGAAAGUCGGAAAACGUAUUGCCGAACGGUCGGUAGACUGACCGCCUAUCAGAGAAUUCAUUUCGGUGUCAUACAUUACCAAGGUAACAUAAUCGUUCUGGGUGGCGAAAUUGAAAGUAAUACGCUUUGUAAAGAUCUUAUAAUGUUUGACCCUUCAACUUCUGGAUGUACGACAUUAAGCGACACACUUCCGGCACCUAGACUGAUUGACGGCUGCGUCAAAAUAGCUGCGUUAAAAAAGCACAUGAAACCUUUGCAAAAAUGAAACAAUCCGUGUUUUACUUGUGAUAGAGAACGUAAAUGAAGAUUGGUGAUAUUGCAACUAAAUGGCGUUUAUUUGUCAGUACACAAAACACUAUGCAUGAUUUUAUUUUUGAAUUUAUAUUUGCCAUUUUUCUGGAAUUUGAAAUCGUUAUUGUUUUUACAACUUCUUUAUCAAUGUUGUUUAUGAAUGUUAUAACUGAUUUUUUAUAUAUACACAUGUGCAUUGCUGGAUCAAUUUGCAUCCUUUUCAGUUCUGGUCGUCUGCAUGUACAUCGUGCAGCCGUAUGCCACGUGACUUGUAUGGCGCAUGUUAAUUUCACGUUAACUUUUAAAAAAUUCUUAAAUUCCAUAAAUUUCGCUCAUUGUCAUUUUUAAAAAUCAUUGACUUAUUUGAUCCUACAGUAGCUAUUUAUUAAUAUUCUAGAAAUUAUUGGAUUGUCACUAAUAUCAUGUUACCUUAGCAAUUAAAAAUUGACGAUUUUAACUCAAGCAUUUCACUGUUUAAAAAAAGCGGUUUUGAGCGUUGAAGACAGUUGAGUAUUUUAAAUGAUGAAAAACACAUAUUGUCUUAGAUAUAAUUGGUGUUUAUUGUACUCUGCGAGUCUAGCAUUUGUACCUGGUUUAAAUAUAAAGAACAAGAAGAAAGAAAUGUGUGCCAAUAGAUCAGUUAAAUUAUAUUUAUUUUAUCUUGUGUAUAGUAUGGAAAAGCUUCAAUUUUUAGAGACCGGAAAAAAGCUUUUAUUUUUUUAAUCAAAUAAAUGAAAUAGAAUAAAUUAAUGAAUAACAAAUCAUGUACUCUAUAACCGGAAACAUUACUUGAUUCUAUCUUUUUUCAUUUCAAAAGGAUUUUUUAGGGGUUACUUAACACUACAGGGAGAUAACUAUGUAAAAUCAGCUUAACGUUUUAAUUACACUGUGUUUUUAAGGGAAUAUUAAGCUUCUCAAUGAUCGAUAUUAGUGUUUGUCAAACUGCUUUACAACCAGUAAUUUUUUUCUGAUAAAAUGGUUGGUUCAAUUUUUUGAAAUUUUUAUAUUCUUCUCAAAAGGUCAAAGUAAAUCCUUUGUCAAAAUGUUUUGAAAAUUAAACCAGCCAAAUUAAUUUUUGGGAAUUUUAGGGAAGAGGUUGGGUACCACCUUAAGCAUGUCAAUAUUUCGUGAAACGUAAAUAGCCUACAUGUAUGAGAUCUCUUUUGUCUUUUUAUAAUGUUUCAUGGUGUCAUUUGAUUAUUUUUAUUUUAAUGUUUUAUCAUGUUUGUGUUAACCGUGGGGAGCAGUCAUUUGAUGAAUUUUAAAAUGGUCACCACAUGGAAGAGGGGAGGGGAGAAGUUGUUGCAUUGAAAUAUUGCUAAAUUAUUUAUCAAUAUCUUUAUUUGAUUUAAAAGAUAAAUCGUCGUUCCUUAAUUGUGUGCCUUUUGGGAGAAGUGUUAGGGUUAAUUAUAAAAGACACUAAAAAAGACUUAUCAUACAUGCAGAAAUAUUUUCCACUGAACAUUUUGCAACCAACAAUUAUUUAAUCAUACGAAUAUUGUUGUGGGAAUCUGGUACAACUAAAACUUCUCCCUUUUGCAUGAAAUGGAAUGUUCGAGUAUUUUUUUUUCUCUUCUUAAAUGUAAUUUUGUAUAUACACACAGAUAUUUGUAUACAGAACUUGGAUUAUUCAGAGCAAUUUACACAAAUACUUCGAUGGCCUUAAUUUAAAGAUUUUUUUAAUAUUACUUUUUUAUUUAUUAACUUUUACAUUUUGUAUCGUUAAAAAGUAAUAAAUAUGGAAACGGAA